CGUUACUGCGCCUGCGUGCUGUGCACGGCCGUUUCCACCGCGCGUCCAUGCCCCGGGGGCACCCAUUUGGUUGGAGCUCUGCCGAGCGAUUGGACGGCGGCGGAGGUCUGCCCGGGGGGUGUGGCCUGGAGGUUGGGAGCUGAGUGACGAGCAGACUGAGGGCUGGCGAACAGACUGUGCGUGUGCAGAUGUCCAGUUCCGGGUGGUCGAGUUAUUCGAACUGACCUAGCAUUUGUGCUGCGCACUCGCGACCCUCGGUGACCUCUGGGGCAGUUAGCAAUGUCUUCACUCGUGACGGCGCCGCCGCAUCAGACGAAUGGUAGUCUGUAUGCAGGAAAUAAGAUCGCCAUUAGUGUGCCCUACGAGAAGACUGAUGUGACUGACCGGGCGCCUCCGCCACCUCGUCCCGAACAUGCUUUCGAGACUCCCAGUUCGAGCGGCACCGGCUCCACCGGCUCCAGCCCCGACGGAACACCAACCAGUGGACACACCAAGUCCACGGCCUCGCCGGCUGAGCUGGUGACCAGGCUGGGCGAACAGCUCAAACAGGUGGUGCCCGCGCGCCGCGAGUCGCCCGAGAAACAGCCGGCGCCCGCGCCCGCGAAGGCACCGGCGCCCCCGGCUGCUGCGGCGCCCGCCAGUCGCUAUAACGAUGGCCCUGACCAGGUGGUGCCCACUGAGGACCUCAACACUACCGACCGGUUCGGCGCCGUCAAACUGAAGAUUGGCAACAAGGGGCCCAGCGCUGAGCGGCCCAUCUCAGUUCACAGUCUUCUGCGCCGCUCCGCCAGCAAAUAUGGCCACGUGGCGGCGCUGCGCACCAAACGGGACGGCGUCUGGCAGACCAUCACCUACAAGGCCUAUCUGGAGCAGGUCGAGUGCGUGGCCCGCGCAUUCAUCAAGCUGGGCCUGGAGCCGAAGAGCUCUGUGUGCAUCCUGGGCUUUAACAGCCCCGAGUGGUUCCUCUCGGCGCUGGGAGCUGCUUAUGCUGGAGGAGUCGCCGCAGGCGUGUACACAACCAACAACGUGGAGGCGUGCUUCCACUGCGCCGCCGACUCCAACUGCAACAUCUUCGUGGUGGAAGACGAGAAGCAGCUGGCCAAGGUGCAGCAGUUCCGGGACAAGGUGCCCUCGCUGAAGGCCGUGGUGCAGUACUCUGGCACUCCCAGCUCCCCGGGAGUCAUCGGCUGGUCCCAGCUGAUGGAGAUGGGCGCCAAGGAGGGAGGCGAGGAGCUCGAGAGGAGGGUUCGACAGGUGGCUGUGAACCAAGUGGCCUUCCUCAUCUACACCUCUGGCACCACGGGGCCGCCCAAAGGCGUAAUGCUGAGCCACGACAACGUCACCUUCAUGGCCACCAACUGCGUCCGCUACUUCGGUUUUCGGCCGGCGGAGGAACAGGUGGUCUCCUACCUCCCACUCAGCCACGUGGCGGCCAUGAUCGCCGAUAUCUUCCUCCCGAUGGCCUGCGCAGGAACGACGUCGUUCGCUGAUAAGAAUGCGCUGAAGGGCACUCUGGGUCAGACGCUCGCCGAGGUGCGGCCCACCUGCUUCAUUGGCGUACCGCGCGUCUUUGAGAAGAUCAAGGAGGGCUUUGAGACGAAUGUGGGCCAGACGAAGGGCCUGCGCCGCUCGCUGCUGGAGUGGGCGCUAGAGAGAGGACUGAUCUCGCAGACCAACCGGAUCGCAGGCUCCCAGAGCAAGCCGUUCGGUUACGGCCUGGCCCGCCGGCUGGUGCUGUGUAAAAUCCACCGUGUGCUGGGGCUGGACCGGGUGCGACUGCUCUACUCUGGCGCGGCACCCCUCGCCAAGGAUACGCUCACCUUCUUCCACUCACUGGACCUGCCGCUGCUGCAGCUGUACGGCAUGAGCGAGUCCUCCGGACCCCACACGGCCUGUCUGCGCCACGUGGACAAGACCGGCUCCGUGGGUCCCACUCUGGAAGGAUUCGCCACCCGACUGGACAAACCCGACUCUGAGGGCCAGGGAGAGAUCUGUAUGGGAGGAAGGAACGUGUUCAUGGGCUAUCUGAACCUGCCGGAUAAGACGGAGGAGGCGGUGGACGCUGACGGCUGGCUCCACUCCGGAGACCUGGGAACGGUGGAUAACAGGGGAAUCAUCACCAUCACCGGACGCAGCAAGGAGCUGAUUAUCACGGCCGGCGGCGAGAACAUUCCUCCGGUCCUCAUCGAGGACGAGGUGAUGAAGGAGGUGCCUAUCCUCAGCAACUGCUGCCUCAUCGGAGACAAGAGGAAGUUCCUCAGCAUGCUGAUGACGCUCAAGGUGGUGGUGGACCUCGACACGAUGGAGCCCACCAAUCAGCUGAGUCCGCCGGCACUGGAGUUCUGCCGCUCUGUUGGAUCCACGGCGUGCACCGUUCAGGACGUGCUGGACGGACCCGAUGAGAAGGUGAUGUCUGCCAUCCAGCGUGGUCUGGACCGGGCCAACCAGCGGGCCGCCUCCGGAGCGCAGAGGGUGCAGAAGUGGUCCAUCCUGCCGGUCGACUUCUCCAUCCCCGGCGGAGAGAUCGGACCCACGAUGAAGAUGAAGAGACCAGUCAUCCACAAGAAGUACGCUCAGGUGAUCGAGCGGUUCUACUCGUAAGGGCUAUUGUCGCUUGCGCUGGUCGCAGCGUCAGACCGAUACAGCCAGCUAUGCGUGUGAAAUAGUGGCGGCAGGUCGCAGGCGAUUAUGGGCGUAGUUGAUCACCGGCCUGAUGUGACGACAGACGACCCAAAGACGAAGAAGGAGAGAAGAAAGGAGUGGAGGAAAAGGAGGAGAUAUAGAGAAGUGGCCAGCAAUGCAACAGAUCUGCUCAUCUGUACUGAUAUUCGGGUGCGAGGGCAUGCAUGGAUGACAGAAAAUUAGUUAUGUGCAACGAGGAUAAGAGCUGAGGAAUGAAUGCAAUGUCAAAUAUGUUAAUAGUUUUGUUGAUUGAUCUGAAUGCUGAAUGAAAGGCCUUAGUGAAAUGAGAAUCGCUGAGCGAAUGAUAUUUUGAGGAUUGUACCGUGAAGUGUGUGUUAUGUCUUUUUCGUGGUAAGUUCGAAAUUCAUACGAUAAAUUAUUUUUGAUCGAGGUAAUGAAAUUAUAAUUUAUGUGAAAUGCAAGAACGAACGGCUGGCUAUGAGCAUAUUUUUGUACUUAUCGAUGUAUCAUUGUCACUGAGGCUUUUGGCGAACUAAGCGGGGGAACGCCGGGGAUAUUUUUGCAGAGGCUCAUUUGUCUGGCUGUAGCGACAGGACGGGUGCAACAAAGCAGGGUAUUCUGUGCCCUUCAAUCGCCGGUUUCGGCAGGGUCCAUGGCUGCAUGGCAAAUGUCACGCGCGUUUGUUGGUGUAAAUGUGCCGGUGUGUGUCUAAAAUGUGCACAAAAGUCGUACCUACUAAUGAUAUGGUGUUUGUUGCGCUAUGACCCAGUGCUUAUGGAAACUACCUACAUUCCGCGCAGUUGUGUGACCUAAAGGACAGGCAUUGGUAAUAAGGUAGUCACCCCCAUGCAUCAUUCGGUGACCGUUUAUUACGCUGUCUAACCAGGUAACUCGGCUGUGCCUGGUUUCGUGUGUGCCCGUCUCGGUCAGUGCCCAUAGGUGCGGUUGUUAUGAAUCCGAUAUUACCCCGACCAAGCGCUCAGUUUAGGUGUCGAUCACGGCAUUUGGUCAUGUCGAUCACUGUGCUCGAUAUACGAAGGACAAAUGUCUGCGGCAAGUUCGGCCGAUUCCCCCACUUUGUACAUUCCCCGGUGUUUAUUUAUCGUGGAUUUGUUGGGAAAGGAACUGAAGGGAUGCUGGCCGCGCGUUGGCUUGGGAGCCUGACGCACUAGGCCAGAGACUGUUCUUACCAAGUGUAUUGGUAAAUACAAAUGCAAACGAUAA